AUGCCUGCCCGACAUCUCUCUCCAUUAGCUUCAGGAAAUCCAUAUGAUCAAACGACUUAUACAGCAAAGGAUGCUCCUCAUCUACCAGCUCUGUUGGAGGGAGGAGGGGAUUUCCGGUGGUGGAAGCGUGCAGAUCCGUGGACGUCCAAUGGGCUCUCCUCUUUCCUCGGCGGAGUGGUUCAUCUCCCUCUCUCUUCUCCAGCGAACCCUAGAAGUCCACUGUCGUCGAGUUUGCUCUCUCCCCGAACGACGACUCCUGCGACUGCGGCCUGUCUGUCGCUUCUGCUACGGCUGCUAAUAGCCAAAUUGAAGGAAUCGACCGGGUGGGUACAUAACCGUGUUAUUGAACAGGUUAGGGUUGUGUAG